GCCACCACCUGGCGAGUCCCCGGAGAGCCCGAAGACUCCCCUGGUCCGACAGAGCCGAUGUAACCCCUUUGGAUGCCUCUUGGGGGCUUUCAAGGGCAUUGGCUCUUUCUUCCGGGGCUUCUUUCUCAUGGGCAUUGUGGGACACGACACAGAGCUCAGCAUCAACGAGCCACUGCAAAAGAGGAGUCCCUUCCUCCCUUUCUCGGGGAAGCGGCAGCUCACGCGCUUUCCCGUCGUCCCUCUAUCGCUCAUCAAAAAGGCGAGGGAGAAUCACGGCUGUACCUUGAACGACAUCGUCAUGGCCGCAAUCACGGGAGCUUUGCGGAAGUAUUGCCUGGAGGUCCAGAAGGACGAGAAGCUGCAGAACGGAGAGCAGGUGCAGUUCAAGUCGAUGGUGAUGCUGGCCAUGCCGCGUGAAUGCA